AUGAGUACAUUACCUGAAAAUUCAAGCUGUCGUCAGAGGAAUGCCGUACAUAGCUCCGACGAGAAGAGCAAAGAAGGAGUAGAAGAUCCCAGAAGCAGAAAGAGACUCAAAGAAAAGGAGAAAGACCUAAAAAAUCUCUCCGAUGAGAAGAGCAAAGAAGGAGUCGAAGAUCCCAGAAGCAGCCAGAGACUCAAAGAAAAGGAGAAAGACUUGAAAAAUCUCUCCAAUGAGAAGAGCAGAGAAGAAGUAGAAUAUCCCAUAAGUAGCAAGAGACUCAAAGAAAAGGAUAAAGACCUGAAAAAUCUCUCCGAUAAGAAGAGCAAAGAAGGAGUAGAAUAUCCCAGAAGCAGAAAGAGACUCAAAGAAAAGGAGAAAGACCUAAAAAAUCUCUCCGAUGAGAAGAGCAAAGAAGGAGUCGAAGAUCCCAGAAGCAGCCAGAGACUCAAAGAAAAGGAGAAAGACUUGAAAUAUCUCUCCAAUGAGAAGAGCAUAGAAGAAGUAGAAUAUCCCAUAAGCAGCAAGAGACUCAAAGAAAAGGAUAAAGACCUGAAAAAUCUCUCCGAUAAGAAGAGCAAAGAAGUAGUAGAAGAUCCCAAAAGCAGAAAGACACUCAAAGAAAAGGAGAAAGACCUAAAAAAUCUCUCCGAUGAGAAGAGCAAAGAAGGAGUCGAAGAUCCCAGAAGCAUCCAGAGACUCAAAGAAAAGGAGAAAGACUUGAAAAAUCUCUCCAAUGAGAAGAACAUAGAAGAAGUAGAAUAUCCCAUAAGCAGCAAGAGACUCAAAGAAAAGGAUAAAGACCUGAAAAAUCUCUCCGAUAAGAAGAGCAAAGAAGGAGUAGAAUAUCCCAGAAGCAGAAAGAGACUCAAAGAAAAGGAGAAAGACCUAAAAAAUCUCUCCGAUGAGAAGAGCAAAGAAGGAGUCGAAGAUCCCAGAAGCAGCCAGAGACUCAAAGAAAAGGAGAAAGACUUGAAAAAUCUCUCCAAUGAGAAGAGCAUAGAAGAAGUAGAAUAUCCCAUAAGCAGCAAGAGACUCAAAGAAAAGGAUAAAGACCUGAAAAAUCUCUCCGAUAAGAAGAGCAAAGAAGGAGUAGAAUAUCCCAGAAGCAGAAAGAGACUCAAAGAAAAGGAGAAAGACCUAAAAAAUCUCUCCGAUGAGAAGAGCAAAGAAGGAGUCGAAGAUCCCAGAAGCAGCCAGAGACUCAAAGAAAAGGAGAAAGACUUGAAAAAUCUCUCCAAUGAGAAGAGCAUAGAAGAAGUAGAAUAUCCCAUAAGCAGCAAGAGACUCAAAGAAAAGGAUAAAGACCUGAAAAAUCUCUCCGAUAAGGGUUUAUGUGAUUGGUCAGCAAUGAAGCAUUUGUUGUUGUUUGCUUGA